AUGGAUGAUGUGUCUAGGGUUUUAGAGAAAUAUUCGGGGAUUUUGAGGUUUGAUUUGACGAAAACUAUGAUACCCAAUAUUGAAUUUAUGAAGAGUUGUGGUAUUAGUUCGUCGCAAAUAGCUCGAUUUGUCUAUAAUUACCCAUUAUUUUUCUUGCGUAAACCGACGAGAAUUAGAGAAUAUGUCACGAGGGUUGAUGAGAUGGGCUUUGACAGGGAGUCUAAGAAGUUUCUUCAUGCAAUUCGGACAAUUAGUUCGAUGACUAUAGAGAAUUGGGAGAUGAAAUUGGUGGUCUUUAAGAGUUUGGGGUUUUCGGAAGAUGACAUUUUGUCAGUUUUUAGGAGACAGCCUCAUGUGUUUGCUGGGUCAGAGAGGAAAAUUAAGGGGAUAACACAGCUUUUCCUUAGCACAGGCAAAUGUGACAUCUCAUUUCUUGUUAAUAACCCGGACUUACUUGGUUGCAGUAUUGAGAAUAGGCUUAAGCCAAGGUUAAGAGUUGUGGAUGUUUUGGAAAGCAGGAAUUUGCUUCUUAAAAAGCCGAGUUUGGGGACUGUAUGCAGGAUGACUGAUAAAGAAGUUCUAUGA